GGCGGCGGCGGCGGCCGCGGCGGCGGCGGUGGGCGGGGGCGCUGGCGACGGGGCUCGGGCCCGGGCGUCGCUGGUGGGCGAGGAGCCGUCGUUCGGCGAUGCCUUCAGCGGCUCGCUCGAGGACCUCGUGCACACGUUCGACGAGAAGCUGACGCGCUGCUUCUGCGACUACGAGCAGAGCGUGGAGGCGCUGGCGCCCGUGCAGGUGCGCUCGCAGGACGAGAUCAUGAGCGAGUGCCAGAUGUGGUGGACGAUCACGGGCAACUUCGGCAACAUCCUGCCCAUCGACUGGAGCAAGUCGUGCACGCGCAAGAUGCAGCUCUCAAGUCUGAAUCUCUCAGACCCCAAGGACGCCGGGCUGAGCCCGGGCGACGAGGAGCUGCCGGAGCUGUCGUCGGAGGACGAGGCGGCGGCCGCCGACCUGGACAUGCACGCUCUCAUUCUGUCGGGGCUGGGCGGCGGCGGCGCGGGCGGCGGCGGCGGGGCGGG